AUGUCUACUCAAUCCGGUAUCACUCUCCUGAAGGAGCUCCUUGAUGAAUUCAAGCACUUCUCAGGAAGCUCCCUCGUCAUCAAAGUCUCUCCAGAUAACACAGAAUUGGUGCCCGAUUCGUCCUACUCCUCCAGUGGCAGCCAUCAAUUGGAACAAGUGUUUGAUGAUUUGCACAAAUACAUCUCCAAGGAGUUUCCCCAGCCAUCUUACAUCGUCAUCCCCACCAGCCAGGCCAAAGAUGACUUUAUAUUCGUGAGUUUUAUCCCCGAUGAAGCCCCCAUCAGACAAAAGAUGCUCUAUGCCUCCACCAAGAACACGUUGAUCAACUCUUUAGGCUCCAACAACUUCUCCAAGAGCAACACGUUUUCGUGGACCGAGUUGCUGGAGUUGACAAUCGACCACUACGAGUUUGUGCGGGCCUCAAAGUCGAGUUCCGGUCCGUUGACCAACGACGAACAAACCUUGAACGAAAUCAACUUGCAAGACUUGUCGUUGGCUCUGCGUGCGCCAGGUGGUGGCUUCAAGCAAAAGUUGGCCUCAAUGCACUCGUCCGAAGAAAAGGAAUUGUUCAGGCUCAGUGAUGAGUUGCAACAACAAUUCGAAAAGUUGCCCCAAAACUCGACCAACAGGACCUUGUUGACGUUGAACGUAGAGACAGGCUCCGAGGAGUUCCAGCUCACCUCCUCUACCGAGGGAGUUGCUGUGGAUGCAUUGGUGGCCACUCUUGAAAAGGUUAGCCCUACUGGACAUCCUCUGUAUAGUAUCUACAACUACCAGGACGGCAAAUUUGCAUUCAUCUACUCGUGUCCUUCUGGUUCCAAGGUCAAAGAUAGAAUGUUCUAUGCGUCUUCCAAGUUGGGGUUGAUCAACUCGUUGAAGAGCGGUUUGAAGAAUGCUAAUUUGACAAUUGACAAGUCCUUAGAAGUUGGAGAUCUCGAGGAGUUGGAAAUAAGUGAAUUGAAACAAACCCAAGAGGCUGCUGGUGAAAAGUCUGGCUUGAGAUUUUCUAAGCCCAAGGGUCCUCGUCGUAGAUAA